AUGGCCUUUGACAACAGGAGAGCUCUUUGGCUGGCAGCUGGCCUACUUUCAGGCUUAGGGACGGCUUUCUGUAUCGCUGAAUUACGAAAAUUUAUCAGGGAAAAAUGUACGCGCAAACCACUGUCCCAUCUGGAAGAUAAUAUUAAAUUAGAGGAUCUGGAAAUUCUCGUACGCUCUUCCAAUUACUCACUGAGGAAGAGCGCCGAACAAGUUGUGCUGGAUAAAGCAAUGAAGAACAAAAAUUUAGAUUUUAUCGUGAAUGCCUGCUUCAGUGAUGACGAAUUUCAAGUUUUGAAGGCAGUUGUUGCUCUGGCUAUGCUGGUAAAGAACUCGGAACGCAACGAAAGAGAAAAAUUGAUUGAGCACAAAGUACUUGAAUCGCUCUCUCACUCCCUCGUUCAGUCGGUGCAAGUUGGCUAUAGAAGGCUAGUCGAGAUGGGAGGCUACGACUUGCGUUUGCAAAGAUGUGCGUCGGAAUCGUUAUUUCAUUUAAUUUACGAUGAAGAGACGACUAAACUUCGUCUGGCUCAGUCAAAUUCGUCCAUUUUUGCUGUUGUUUUACAGUUGAUUUCGGAGGGGAGAAGUAAAGAGGUUAUGCGAUGGAGUUUGUUCAUUGUUCAUCAGCUGGCGUCCUGUGACUCGUUGCGACCUGAACUGUUAGCCAACGGUGUUAUACCAGCUGUCUCGGCGAUGCUUGUGAGAAACCAAGGAGACUUUAUACUCAUGAAAACAUGUCUGCACACCAUGGUGAUGUUUGUGAACAAUACUACGGAAAGUGAGAUUGCACAUCUCAAGGAGAUGGCUAAAUAUGAUGUCUUUAGGACGGCGGUGGUGUCCCUCAGAGCAGGUACACGUAAACUAUGAUUUCUCUAUAUACAGACAGAUGAAAUUGCACUUAAGACCUGUACUUACAAGUAUUAGGCAAUAUUUAAAUACAGGGAAAACUACACAUGAGUUGGGCUGGAUUGGGAAUUAAACUUUUCUUCCAGAUCACUGAGAUAUAAGAAUCUAUGUCAAAAAUACAUUAAAAGAAAAUCAUACCUAAUUUCUCCUUACAGUUUUACUCUUGAUUGAAACAUUAAGGUAAUGAGAAUAAAAGAAAUGAUCAAAAAGUCAAGCUGUUGACUGUUGGAAAAAUUAUCCUCAGUGAUACUGAUGCAUUUAUAAGUUGAUGCCAGUUGUUUGUCAGGUAUCAGAAAUCAUACAUUUUUCUGGCCAAUUACUCGUAAUUCUCUUGCUAAAUUUUGAUGGGGUGAGCUAUUUCCUCCCCAGGAAUUUCUAUCCUUUUUCAUUUCACUUUUCUCCAGGUAGUACAUUGGUUAAUGAAAAGCCCUUAUAUGAAGUGAUAGAAAUCUGAACUAGGGGAUAUUGUUUGAAAAAAAAAAAUUCUAAAGCUAAAACUAUAGGAAUUAUAAUAUAUACAGCAAGGACAGGUGACAUUAAUAGUUUGGCAAUCAAAAGGUUGACCAUUAGUGGCCUUAUUUCUCUUGAAUCAAUUUAAAUUUUUGCAUAGAUGAUGGUGACCUUGUUUACUGGGCAGCUGGACUUUUGCAUCAGUUUGCUAUUCAAGACCUUUACAAAGCAGAAAUCUGUGCCACUCCAAACAUUGUCAAAUCUUUGCAGAAUGUUUUAUGCUCAAGUGAAGCAACUUUACAAAGACUAAUUCUGCGUCUUCUCAGUUUCUUGUGCGUUGGAAGCAAAUCCUUCAGGAACAGUGUGCUUCACUGCUCCUCACUUGUGGCACGGCUACCAGUUUGUCUUGCAUCAGGUGACACAGACAUUGUCCACUGGUCAGUGGUUCUGCUUCAUGACUUGGUUCUUUCUGAAGGUCAGUGCUAUAUAGGAACUCAUUCUUUAUAUAAUUUUUUAAUUUUUGACUCUUUUAAUUUUUUUUUUCCUGGUCAUAUGUGACCUUGUUACAUCCUUUAUUAAUAAUGAGUCAAUUACAGUUUCCUCAAAUGUGAUUGGUACAUUAGCUGCUUUAUUUUUUACUAAUCAUUCUGUACAGUUGUAAUCAGAAAGUGUAAUCAGAAAGUGUAAUCAGUCAAUUGUUGUAAUCAAACACCUGUAAUCGGACAGUUGAAACAGCCAAUCAUACUAAGUCCACUCAGCUAAAUCCACCAAUCACAGAAUUGACCACAAGAACCAUUGCAAUGACCACUUAUUCUAAGAAAUUUCCAGAAUUGACGAGUUUUUUUACUUUAGGCAUUGUCUCUACUGGAUGAUUAUUUUUUUAACUUUUGGAAAUUGUGGCGGUUAUGAUUACUUCAUCUGAUUUUGUCAGUAUGUAAUUUUACUUAUAACUGACAAAUCGGACAUCACUUUUGUGAUUAUGGACUGAAUUUGAUUCCACUCAGUCCUAUAAUACCAACUAUUUAUUUACAGCAUUAGGGGACUUUGGAUUGCUCUUGUGCACAAUUACUGUAUGUCAUCCACUUAAAAAUAAUUCACCCUAAGCCUGUUUUUCACCAGUAUUUUUAUGAAUCUUUGCCACUUCCUUGUUUUCAUAAAAAAAUUGUUUUGAAGUCUGUUUUGGGAAUAUUUUCCUCUUGAAUCAGAGUCACUACUCCCCUCCUUGGAAGGGAGUUUCGGGGGUGGUGCUGGGUAAAUUUCCAAGGUACCCGUGCCCAUAAUUAAGGCCAAGUGAAAAUGAAAACAAGAUCAAUCUUAGAGAAAGAUAGAAUAAGGGGGAUGCAGUGUUCUCCUUUUCAGGCAGUAACCAGUAACAUUUGCCGCCUGUAGUACCUCUUAUUGCUGUUUAAAAUUGAAAAUUCAACAGAUAAAAGGGUUGCUUUACUGGUUUGAAAAUUUAUUUUACCUGUCAUGCUUAAAAUAAGGGAGAAUACUGAGGAUGGUGAGUUUUUUAGCUUGGUAAAGAAAUAGAGAAAGAUGUUUUUCAUCUUGUCACAAGGGUAUAAUAUGAUAUUAUGUGUCUUUCUUUCAUGAACUUCGUAGUCAGACCUUGCUCACCAAAGAGUCUCUGUGGCUCAGUGGCAGAGCAUCAGAACAUGGAAUCUGAAGGUCUGAGGUUGGAUUCUUUAUGAAAACCGAGAAUUUUUCUUUGUCACAUGAAAAACAUCUUUCUCUGUUUCUUUACUGAGCUAAAAAAACUUACCAUCUUCUUUAUUUUAUUUACAAACACAAUGCUAUCAAAAUUGCUUAUCCUAGCAGUAUGCAGGACACGUGCCAUAAAUGAACUUCAAAAUGGGCUUUGCACACCAUAGAGUCUCUAUGGCUCAGUGUCAGAGCAUCAGAGUGCAGAAUCCAAAGGUCUGAGGUUCAAUUCCUCACGAGGACUCAAAAUUUUUGCUUUGUUUCAUGCUUGUGACAAGAUGAAAAAUAUCUUUCUCUAUAUCUUUACCCAGCUCAAAAACACUAAUGUACCAUCUCCCUUAUUCUAUUUACAAAGAUCAAUCUUUUGACACAAUGAUUGUCUUUUGUCUGUAGGGAAUCCAGCUGCAAAUCGUGCUGCAGCUCUGAGAGUGCUGUCCAUGGCUACUGAUGUGAUCAAGGCUCUGGUCCCACUGGCCUGCAGGCAAGAUAACAUCUUGAUUCGUAUGGUAGCAGAACUCCUUGGUCUCUUUUGCACUAUUGGUAAGUUUUGCUUGAAGUCUCACAUGAUUAGUUUUUAGGUUUUAAAAUGUUAAAUACUCAUUUAUCAUCAUCAUAUUAUUACUAUCCAGAAAAUUUACAAAGCAGAGUACUUGAGGAUGGCUGCCUAAAAGCUGUGCUGGCUUACUCAGAGUCAGCAGAUACUGAACUGCAAUUCUGGGCAUCAGCUCUACUGUUGAACAUGGCCAUGACAUCUGACGGCGUCAAGAAGGAAAUCAUUAUGCUGGGAGGAUUAAAAUCUCUAAUGGAGUUAGCCAUUGGGGACAGUGAUCACCCGCAGUGUUCUGCUCAUGCAGCCAAGACUCUUGUCAUGUUGGGAUUUCUUGGUGAGUGGAAUGGAUUGGAUUGUAAAUGACUAAUUACAUGAAUAGCACUCCAUACUGUGAUCAUUUUGGUCACACUUGAAAGUAGAAAAAAUCUUGAGGCAUAAAUUUGCUACAGAAAUAAUUUUUUAAAAAUUUAUUUACCCACAUGACACUUUCGAUGUUUGUGGUCCAAGCGAUAUCCAGGACUAAAGCCUGACUGCACAUAUGAUUUGUAAAUACAAAAUUCUUCACGUGUUUUUCUUCAUCAUUUAUACUAAAAUGACAGAAAAUGUUGUGGGAAAUGAAGACUUUCCAAAACAGCAUCAAAAAAUGCUUAUAUUGAAAUAACAGGGUUUUCAAAUGCUCCUUUUCUUUUUGUGGAAAAUAAAACAGGUUUUUGAAAAUGUUGAUGGAAAAAGUUCUUCACUCACUGUCUUUUCAUCAGUGUUUUCAUGCAUUCUAGUGUAAACGAUAAAUGCAAAUGAAUUAACACUACUGUCUAAAUAGAGACUACUGUCUAAUGGUGUCUGAUUUUAGACUAUAGUGGCUGAUUUUAGGCAACAGUGUCCGAUUUUGGAUACUUGUGUCCGAUUUAGGUCACCAUUGUCUGUAUUUAGACCUUAGUGUUUGAUUUUAGACACUGGUGUCUGGUUUUUGACACUGGUGUCCAAUUUUGGACACCAGAGUAAGAUUUCAAUUACUAGUGUUCAAUUUUAGAAGCUACUAUCCAAUUUAAGAAACCAGUGUCCAAGUUUUGACCCUUAAGUCUGGUUUUUGACUUUAGUGUCUCAUACUGGACACAGGUGUCUAAUUUUAGAAGCAACCAUCUGAUUUUAGACACUAGUGUCCGAUUUUAGACUUUAUUAUCCGAUUUUAGACACAAGGGUCCAAUUUUUGUCACUAAUAUCCAAUUAUAGACACCAGGGUUCGAUUUUAGACAUGGAUGUCCGAUUUUAGACUCUAGUGUCGGAUUUUGGAUGCUAGUUUCUGGUGUUGGUUUCUAGUGUCUCGAUUUGAGGUUGGGCCACCUGCACCUUUUUUUUUGGCUCUUACCACAAUCUUAUGUACAGCAACAUGAAACCAAUUUGUAAUCUUUUUUAACCAUUUAACUCCCAUGGGUGACCAAGACAGAAUUUCUCCUUAAAAUAUCAAUACAAUAUCAACCAGAUAAGUGAUGACAACUAAGACAAAUAUCAAUUAGGGGAUUAUAGGUUGAUCCAAUACCAAAUUCUUAAAACUAACAUCGCAAUAACUGUAUGGCUGACAGUGAGGAGAAUUUCGAAUGAGAUCUUGGGAGCUAAUGGGUUAAAUACUGCUAUCAGCGUCUUAUAGAAAAAUAAAAUACUUAAUCAGAUUGGUGAAUAAUUAGCUCAGUUGUUUGAUGCAGAAAGGUAAAAGUAGCCUAUUGUAGACACGGUCAGUCGAAUAGUGUCACGAUAAGCCAAAUUUUCUCGGCUUGGUUUGGGGCUACGUUGCGCGCGCUGCGAGCUCUGCUGAUAUUCAUUCUGUGCGGAUCACUAUAAAAAUUAUGUUUUAUUAUGUCUUCUCUUAGACACAGAAAUCCCAGUGUGCAUCAAGUCGCUUGGGUACAAAAACGGCGACCGUGUUAGUAUUUUAAUCAACGGCAAAGAACAUUGUCCUAAUAAACCUGGUAUCAAUAUCGUGGUGAUGGACUUCACGACAUUCAACGUCACCGAGGCUGCAGCAUUCGAUACUGGGCACGACAAGGAAGCCAGCGAUCACCUUGUGGAGUUUGUUGAUAUGAUACCAAUAGGUACACUGGUUUUCAUAGCGGUGCGAGGAGAGGCAGACUAUUAUAUGACUGGUAAGCAAAUUGCUUUUUAAUAAAAAGAGUAUGUUUCUAAAGAAACUGUGGUGCUUCAUUGAUGGGGAAUCAUAUCAAGAUAAUUUGGUGUUAUUAACUGAGUUAAUAGUGUAAAUUGGCUACCGUAAAGAGUCUCUAAGCCGACAUUUCGAGUGUUAGCCCUUCGUAAGAGCGAAAGGCGAAGUUUGCUCUGAUGAAGGACUAACGCUUAAAACGUCACCUUUGAAACUCUUUACGGUGGCCAAUUUAUAUUAUUAACACAGUUGACAACAUCAAAUUAUCUUAAAAUUGCUCUUUAGUUCAGGAAAAUUCAUUUUUGCCCAUCUUCGGGUCACGGACUCCCAUAGCGAGAUGCCAGCUCGGGGUGAAUUUCUAAAGACUACCUAAGUUUUUCAAUGUUGUUUUUGUUGUUGUUUUUACAAUCAUUUUCAGACAAGGCAAGAUUGAGUCUAAAAGACAUUGGUAUCGAAGAUUAUAAUUUCAAGACUGGCGAACUUUGGACAUUUUGUGGAUACAAAAGAAGAGAUGGAGCAGUACAGAUUUCUCUUCAACGAGGCUUUGAUGUUGUUGAGCUGUCCACGACGCUAAGUUUAGGUAAGAAUUUAAAAUUAUAAUAUGCAUAUUCUCCGUACUGUGCUCUAUUAAUUUCCUUAAGUGCUAACAGGGAGAAUUUGUUCAAAAAUCAAGAGCUUCUGUAGUUGGUGAUCAUUCCCUUCAUUCUCGUCACCUUAAUGCGUGAUUCAGGGGUUAUAAAGUAGGGAGAAGUUAGACGCUAGUCACUCUUAAGAAUCAACGGUUCAAAGAGGUUGUGGUUGUUCGUCGUGAUGAAACACAAACAAAGGCUAGUUUUCCCAAACGUUGGGAAAACCAAAUCGGAAGCAGAAGACAAAUGCCACGUGUGAUUUCGUCGCUUGUGACGUGUAAAAGCCAGAGUGUUAGAGUCCUAAGUCAUCGGACGACCUGAAAACUCGCAUUUCGAUCAGUGGGAUUUACCAUUAACCACGAAAAAGUUACUCUGCAUUUUUCUCUCUCGCGAGAUGCUCCGGGACUGUCGAAGAUUUUGACAAAUUGACGUAAAGUCUGAGAGCUUUCCGAUACUAGCUCCGAGCAUCUCCGAAGAUUUAAGUAUGUAAGUAAGUAAGUAAGUAUAUAAGAUGUUCUUGUAAGCCAAAAAAUAGUAAACAACCGAAUUUGAAGCCAGUAGGCUCAGUUAGUUUUACUACUUUUUACCUUCUACCUUUUGAAUAAAAUAUUGAUUACCCAUGUGUUUCCUUCUCUAGGUUACCAUUCAAAUGAACAGGUCCAAGGUUACAUUCUGUUACCACUGAUUGAUCUUUUGAUGAGCACGCCUGCUUCGCUCGCCAUCAGCAAAGUGUCAGAACUGGAGCUGUUAACUGUUCUUGCAAGACAUGAUCAUCAUAAAGAAGGUAUGUGGAGUUCCCUUCAAACUGUACGAUAUAUCCACAAGGUAAAACUAUGUUUCCCUCAGGGAAAGGCGUGCGACAGAAAUCAUAUAUCAUAAACUUUUUUCUUAGCGAUCUAAAAGUAUGUAAAAGAUAAAUACUACUGCCUACAGCGUUUGAAAUUACCCACGGGCAUGAAUGAAGUCGAAAAAGGCUUAAUUUUUUAUGAAUUAAUAAUGUUAAUUGGACAGAGUGGAGGCUAAUUUGGUUUGUAAUCAAAUGAGUGACUACCGCAAAGCAGGAGUCCGAUUUGUCAAUCACGAGUAUGAUUACAGACAAAGUUGGACGACUCAAAGUCCUGUGACCAAUUAAUCAUUACCAACACAAUUUCGGGAAAAAAGCAAACCAACAAAAAAAUACACAUACAAUCCAAUUGUGUCUCUCUUUAUGAGAAAAGAGAUGGAAUUUAUAUUUAAUGCAUGUUUUCAAAUUUGCAACGUUUUUGAAAACGGAUAUAUAUAUAUAUAUCUGAAAGUUGGACAAAUCAAUAAGUGACCUGUGACCCUUAAGCGUGAAACUCAGAGUCACAGAAAAGUUACGUCUUAUUGGUUUGUCCAACUUUCAGAUAUACCACGCUCUGCGAACGCAUCGACCAUUAUACCGCAAAGAUAGACUAUAAUCAAUAUAUAUAUAUAUUUUUUUCUUUUAUUUUUUUAACGCGUAUACUCUUUGCUUUUAUUUCAGUGAUGGUCAACUCGGAGGGUUUUAUGGAGUACAUUGUGCAGUUGAUUUAUAGCAUGGCAAACAAGACAGCUGAUCAUCUGAGGGCCAAUCCAUUGCUAAUAGCCCACUGCAUUGGAGCAAUGAAGAUUAUCACUGCAAUCAGUAUUUCCCAGGAGAUCCAUGUAAUGCUCCUUUGACUUUCUUAAGGCUAACUGUAAUUUAAGCAAGGUUAAAACCAACGCAAUGCAGCGGUUUCACCUAUGCGAUGCAGGCACCUCAAGAGAGUUUUCAGUGGCAUCGUUUUGUGCUUUUGCUACAUUGGCUGUUUCCCCGCUGGGUUUGCUUUCCACCCUUCCCUCCCCGCCCCAUCCCCCCCGUUUUUUUUUCCAGCCUCCCCUUCCCCCCUUCAUUCCUCCUAAGUUGUCGUGUUGACAGGGACCGGCGGUGGGCUUCUGCCUAAAUGAUGCAAGUUCGCUCUCGCCCUGUGUUUCAAUCUGGAGCAUCUUUCAUUCGUUGUUGUAAUCGUCUACGAAUGUUCAGGUCUCUAAUUUGUAGCAUUUUUUUAUCAAACUUGUAGGAUAAAUUCACCGAAUACAAUGUCUUGGAUUGUGUUCUUAGCCUUCUAUCUCUGAUCAACUCUAUUCAGCUCGAAAGGCUGAAACAGCAGCUUAAAACAAGAACUGGAAGAAUGGGACAAACAGACAUUUUGGUAAUUGAAGCAGAAGAUUUCAGUGACAACGAGAUUGUGCAGCCAGUCGAGGAAAACGCAGUUAGUCAUGUGGUUAAUUCUCCUGAAGGAAACUUCUCCAGUGUACCAGAAGAAGGUUAGUUUUCGGAGUGUUUAAAGGUAUUACUUGCUAUAAAAACUGUUUCCUGCGUUGGCUACAAAUGACGCCCUUACAUGCUUACUGCCGUAAACCACCUGCCUCUCCCCCCAUUCUCCCUCCCCCAUUUCACCUGUUGAAGUCCCUUCUACCCGUGGGAAAAAGAAAAAAACACAUCGAUUAUGAGCAGCCCCCCUCCCCCUCCAGAAUAAAGCGUCCUUUGUGUUGAGAGAUUGUUACCCUGCUGCGAAUUUAACAUUUGAAUUUUAAUAAUAGGAGGGGAAGGAUGAUCUUCAAAAAAGAAUUUCAAAGCGCUUUUUCUAUUCCGAUUAUAUGCUUCCUCAGGUAUACCCUACCCCCUCCUUCCCCCACCCUUUGUAAGCCAUCCUAAACCCUAAGGGGGAGUUUACGGUAUUAUUGAGGUUUCUUUACUUGCUUCCUUUCGUUUGCAGUGAAACUAACAGCAAGUGGCUUAAGAACUCCGGUUCACGGCCCCACUACAGACGAACCAGCCUCUGUAAAAAGCGGUUCCCCGUUUUAUAGCACGUUUGAGAAAAAAUCCAACACGAAGCCUCUCCUGACAGAAAGCGUGACAGGAGAAGCGAUAAUUCAAGAUGACUUAGAUGAAGCGUUUUCCACUCUUACCGGCCUAAGUGUGAUAACGCUUUACAACUGCAUCGACUUGAUUUCAAGUCUGGAGGAGUUUCGUAGGCGCCUCUCUAAGGCUGAAACUAUGCGGAUUUUGUGGUGUCGACUUUUGACUGCCUCGUGUGGUUCAUCGACCAUUCAACAGAUUGAACUCGCCACUGAAAUGUUACUGAAUUCGUGCUGCUGCAUGACGAUGUUGGGAAAGUAUACCACAGGUAUGAAUGUAUGGAAGACCUACACCGCGGUCAAACUUCUAAGAACGUAAUAACUAUAAGACUUGCUUUCGGGCAGUCAUAGCAAAUUUUGCUUACAGGAGUUACAAACAACCUCUUAUAAUAAAUAAAGCAGUUCACGACUAAAUGUUCAUUCAAAAGGAUACCCGUACUAAAUAGAAUACGCUUCGUGUUCGGAAAGUCUCGAGUUUCCCGAUUCCCUUCUUUUUUCCCCCUUUAAAACUCUUGUGCACUUUUUUUGCGCUUGUUUAACGUGACAGUAGUCGUUUCUUUUUUCUUCUUUUGAAAUUUUACGCGGGAAAUUGACGCGUGGCAGGCAAAAAUUGAACGUAGCGUGACCUAAACGCCCAUAUUAACUUAGUCUGCCAGCAGGUUCUCAUUAUUCCUGUCCUUGGACCUACUGUUGUUGUUGUUUAUUGGUUUGUUUCUUUGUUUGUUUCUUUGUUUUUUUUUUUUUGUCGUGCAGAACUUGUGGUAGAGCUUGACGAGCAGACGAAGACUCCGGCUCUUGUACUGAGCGCGGAUCGUCUGGAGGCAUCAAAUCCAAACUGGACUUUUGAAAGCGUGCAUGCCACCUUGUGUGUGGGACGUGGGAUGUCUACAGUGCCACCUUAUCCGGCUGGCUGGUACUAUGAAGUCACCCUGAAGUGUACAGGAAUACUGCAAAUAGGUACCUAUUUUCGUAUCGUUCUUCCUCGCCUCUCGGACGUUUUAUUUUUGUUUAAUUUUUGUUUAAUUUUUGUUUUAUUUUUGUUUUGUUUUUGUUUUGUUUUUGUUUGUGUUUUGUUUUUGUUUAUUUUGUUUUGUUUUGUUUCUGUCUUCAUUGUCGUUCUGGUUUUUGUUUUGUUUUGUUUUUGUUUUCCUUUGUUUUGUUUUCGUUUUGUUUUUUUGUUUUUUGUUUUGUUUUUUGCAGUGGAGAAAUCUUUACUUGCCUAAUUUAAUUGAUGAUUUAUUUUCAAAAAUAAUAUUCUCCCUCUUAAGGCUGGCAAACCGAAGAAUGCCGAUACGGUCCCGAGCGAGGCGUUGGAGUUGGUGAUGACAAGAACUCGUGUGCAUUCGAUGGUGCGCGGUGUAAAGUAUGGAGUGGACCCCCUAGUGAACAACUGAACAAUGACUAUGGAAAGGAAUGGAGUUACGGGGAUGUCUUGAGCUGUUUGUUCUCUUGGAAUGGAGAGGUGUCCUUUUGGUUGAACGGGGUAGAUAUGGGUGUGGCGUUUAGGGGGUUAAACCCUGGGGUUAAUUGGUAUCCUGCAGCAUCCAUCGCCAUGGACCAGCAGUGCUGCUUCAACUUUGGUGGCAAACCCUUCAGGUGUGACUUUCGACACAGAAAAAUUUGUUGAUACAGUAAAACCUAUUUUAUCCAAAUGAAUAAAGGGGGCAAGUUUCUAAAGAAACUGUGGUGCUGUGAAAGGGGCGGGAGGGUGGGGUUAUUACUAGAUGACAGGGAGUUUUAGUUCCACUAAGGGCGACUAGCAUCUAAUUUUUCUUUUCAAUAACACCCCUGAAUCACGCAUUAAGGUCUCAAGAAUAAAGGAAAUGGUCACCAAUUAAAACAAAACAAAUCAAAACAAAACAAAAACAAAAAGCUUUUGAAAAAAUUAUCCUUGUCUGAUCCCUAGGAAAUGUAUGGAGAACGGUAUGAAGAGUAUUCAUACCGAUUUUAAGGUGUAAAGGGCUGAGAGACCUUUAUCGUGUAGCAUUCAUAUGGAUUCGCCGGGGAUACGAAGGGGAUACGACUGUUUUACGAAAAGCCUUCGGAUCUACUUGGAUAUAGCUAACCAUCUUGCCUUGCAGCGGAUGUGACAGCUAUCUUUUGUUCUAUUACAGGUAUGAAAUGCCUGAUGGAUACAUAGCUGUAAGUCACGUGGUCUCUAACCUGGUCAAGAAAGCUUCACUGCGCCUAUCGUCGUGUUGGACACCAAUCAGCGGUAGCUUUGAAAGCAUUGUGGAGGAAGAUGAGGAAGUGAUUGAUGAUCAAGAACUUGAGGCCUCAGAAACUAAGACUGACGAUACAGGUAUGCUCAUAUGAGCUUUGUGAUGCACCAACAUUUGUAUUUACUGCGCAGGAAUAAAAGAGGUAUUUCGUAUUCUUUCCUAGUAGUAUGCAGAACGUUUGUCACCCUGGUCCUUGUUUAACGGCCUAGCUCCUUGCUAUAUCUCAAUUGUACACCAUCUGGAGCACUAUAUCGGAAGGUCAUGGGUCCAACUUCUAUUGAGUACACCCGGAGUUUUUUUUUUCCGAGUAUGGUUGUGUCAUUCACCAAAUAAUAUCAUCUUUCACUUGAAAAACGUGUUCUUCUAAUAUAGUAGGCAAACCUCAGAGUUUUUUUCUUUCUGUCGCAGUUGUUAUAAAAAGAUCAAUUCAAAGAAAGUAGUUAUUGUUGUAAUAACAAGGCAAAGAAAAAUGCGAUCACUUUUUUAAACCGUUGAUAAGUGUUGAUUCACAAGAAGCGUUAGAAAAUGAAUUUUUUAGGAAGACGAUGAGCAGAAAAGGUUGAAUAGGUUGUCAUUUUGUAAUAAUUUGAAAGAUUUUCAUACACUUAAAUAAAGAUAAACUAAUAAAUACGCCUACCAUAAAUCUUCAAAUGUGCGAGACUUUUUUGAGACAACCUAUACUUAAAAAGGAAGAUCUUUUGCGCACCAAAGAUUUGAAUAGUUUGAAUAAUUAGACUAUUAUGGGGUAAGUGAGUGAUGAAGUUAUGAUAAGAAAAAAAUGGAGAGGGAGGGAGGAGAUGGUAAGAAGGAAAGAGAAAGGGAGAUUGAGGGGAGGGGAGGGAGGGGAGACAGAAGAAAGGGGAAUCGAUCGGAAAGAAAGAGAAAGAAAAUUUUGGAGAAAGCCGGUACAUGAGGAAAGCUGAGAUAGACAGUUGUGAAAGGUUUUAUGAUUUUAUUUUUUCAUUUUGUUCUCAGCACAAACACUGUCGAUUCAGACUUGUGAUAAGGAGCCUUCUAGUGUUGCCAUGAAGGAGGAACAACCAUCCGUUCUUUCUCUGGAACACAGCGUGGCUGAUUCAGACGUGUUGUUUGACUACCAGGACACUUCCUCUGUGAGCGAAUGUUCUCUCGCCUUAUCUCCUGAACCCACAAAUCAUUCUUUAACAUUUGUUACACCUCCCUCUGGUGUCUUCACCACGCCUCAAAGCUCUCCGCCCAAAGUAUCUGGGCAUGACGUGUUCUUUCCUGGAACCGAGCCUGAGCCUUCGCCGUUUGAAGUGGUAUCGACUGGCGACGAGACAGUGAGUGAAGAAAAGCCUCCAUUUGAAGAAAAACACGUGACCAGCACUCCAUAUUUAGGCGUAGGCCCUUUGAGAGACUCUAUUGGAAGGCACUUUGAAGCAAGGUCGCGUCUGAGCUCCUGGCCACAAGUGGCAACCCCAGGAGAGUCUUUCAUAGGUAAGGGAUGCGUAGUCACGAUGGAAUUUGCAUAUUCUUUGUCUCUCACACUAGAAGACUGAUUAUGUAAUGAAAUCUAAUCCUCGGUAGCGAGACGCAAUUUUUUUAUUGGAAUGUUUAGGAUAUAUAAUCACUGACUGAAUUGCAAAAAACGAAGAUCGUGGACCUUUUCUGUAGAAUAUUUAAACCAUGUCGUGUCUCUUUUCCUUCGAUUUUUCGUGUUAACAUUUUCACUGAGAUUUUCUUCUUCCUCAGAGCCAAUUGUGCCUUGUCUGUACUUCGAAGCAGAGCUGAAAUUUGCUCCAUGCCGAGUCAAACAAAUGGGUUUCAUCAAUGUGGAAACAAGGGAGAAAAUUUAUUGUGACGUACAUGACGGCCAUCUUCAGUUUCCUAAGUCGUCCAUUCCCACUCCGCACGAACAACAAAGUUUCAGGGUCCCGGAUGUUGUGGGCUGUGCAGUAAUAUUAUCGACGGGACAGAUCAUGUUUACCUUAGAUGGAGUAGCAACCGGACAAUUUUACGACUUUCCAUCAAGUAAACCAUCGUCGAUGGUCAUUGAAAAUCUUUUUCCGUACAUAUCUUGCACUCGAAUCCGUUGUAACUAUGGGCAGCGGUCGUUCCUGUUUGGGGAUGCGAAUAACAAAGAGUCUCUUGUUAUGAGUGGGGCUCUGCUGCAUGGACUGGCCGAAGAAAACUUAAGGCUGUAGGCUGACAAUAUAAGUGUAUUUAGAACAACACAGCGGUCAAACGUCUGCGCAUGUGCGGCCUUUGGAAUGAUUCGGCGGCGUGUUUUCAGGCUGUCAAAACCAAGCGGCCUCACGCGAGUUUCAAGCAGCCACAUAAGCCCUCGGUCACUGUGUUUUAAAAGCGUAUAGCUUUUUCGGUAAAGCUCAAAACAGAAUGCUUUGCAAGUCUCGAGUUUUUCCAUUUCUCUACUUUAGUUUUUUUUUACAGAUUUCUGUGAACUUUUCCAAUUAUCCUUUGCUUAUUUUGUAAAACUGCGGUUGUUUUCCUUUGAAAUUUUGUGCGGGAAAUUGGCGCGCGGUCGACCAGAACUGAAUCCCUCGCGCAUGCCCGACCUUUGACCGCUGUGCUAUUUAGAAAAAGGUACAGUUUCAAGUUAAGGCCCAGCAGCUAUCUAUGAAGUAUUCGAUUGCUUUUUGAAAUGAUGCGAAGCAAGUUAAGUAUUUUUGCUGGACCUCUUUUACCUUUUAGAAUGUCUUUCUCGUGUCGGUUGUAAGUUUGUGAAAAAUGUGUCAUAGUGGUAAUCUGACAUGCGAUAAAAAAAACAUUCAUGUUUCCCGG